UGCAGUCUAUUGUGGUAUUUAUAAGGUUAGGCAGGAAAGUUUUGGCGCCAAAUGUCAAUGUUUACAAAAGAACAGCUGAGUGUGACGCGCCAUGCCCACCAAGAAGGAACUUAUUUGGUCUUUCCAGCUCCACGGCAUGCAUCUGCGUGGAGAUGCAGCGAGCUACCUGUCUGAGCUGCUGGAGCCGCUGCCCCGUGAGGAACACAAGAAGUGGGUGGAGGCGGUGGUGGAUGCCAUGUACAAGAUUCCCCUCGCCUCUAAUGAGAUCACCAGGGAGGCAAUCCACAAGGCAGCACAGGAAGUUGGGAAUGAGGAGAACGACGAGCUGGACAACAUCCUGGAGGUGAUUGACAUUUACAAGAUCCCCAGGCUGAUCUACAACGAAGCCAGGGGGAAGUUCACAUUGGAGUCGACAGUAGCACACAACUUGCACGGACAAGCGGCAGACAAGACGGCGCUGUUCAUGAAUAGGUACUCCAUGAUCUACAGCCGCACCAGCAACCACGAGCUGUUCAGGCAACAAGCAAUGACCAGGAAGGACCCAUCAGUGACUUACUCUCUCACGAAGGUGGUGUCGCUGGUGGGGACCAGUCAGCAGAUAAAGGUGCUGGUGCUGGGCCUCCUCACCAAGCUAGUGGAGGGCAAGUACCACCUGGAGGAUGACACUGGGAAUGUGGAAGUGGACCUCACCAAUGCACACUUCAAGGACGGGCUUUUCACGGUGAACUCCAUUCUUCUGGUGGAGGGCUGGUUCGACAACAAUGUCCUGCACGCUGAGGCCAUCGGCAUGCCACCCCCUGAGCCAGCCAAGGUGUCCAGGGAGCGGAUGGGGCUGAAUAAUGAGAACUACUUUGGCGGCUCAAGGAGGAAGAGUGUGAAGGCCACAGAGCGCUUGAUGCAGCUGGAGCAGAACCCUGAGGCGAUGUUUGUGGUGCUCUCUGACGUGUGGCUGGAUGUCAUUGAGGUCAUGGAAAAAUUGCAAGUAAUGUUCACUGGCUAUGCAAACUUCCCUCCUGUGGCGUUCAUCUUGUGCGGGAACUUCUUCUCCAAGAGGCGAGUCAGCAAACAGAUGAGUGAGGUGCGCAAGGCCUUUGGUGCACUGGGAAGCCUCAUUGCAGGAUUUCCAAACCUGGUGGAAAACACAAAGUUCAUCUUCGUGCCAGGACCCACCGACUUGGGGCCCAGCGGCAUAUUCCCCAGACCCCCAAUACUUCAGUACGCCACAGAGCUUCUCCGCAAGGCUGUCCCCUCAGCCUGCUUUGCUACCAACCCCUGCAGGCUGGUGUACUGCACCCAGGAGAUUGUCAUCCUUAGGGAGGACAUGGUGGCCAGGAUGUGUCGCAACUGUGUCCACUUCCCUCAGGAUGGUGAUGUGCCGGCCCACGUUGGUAAGACAAUGGUGAACCAGGGCCACCUCGCUCCACUGUCCCUGUUUGCCAUGCCGGUGUACUGGGCGCUGGACCACUGCCUCAUGUUGCACCCCACCCCGGACGUCAUUAUUGUGGCCGACAAGGACUCCUUCACCACCAGCUAUAAUGAAGCCAACAUCUUCAGUCCAGGUUCCUUUGUCUCCAGUGACUUCUCCUUCAAGGUGUACUACCCAGCAACCCGGCAGGUGGAGGAGAGUCAGAUAAGGGAGGAGGAGAGAUAGUGACUGCAAUGUGGCGAGGUGCUGCUACUGGAUCAGGAGAGGACCUGCCUUCCCUUGUGUGUGUCAGUGUGUGGUGCUGUGUGCUAGUUGGUGGCCGAAUAUAUUGGUUGUUUAACACUAAAGUCUUUUUAUUAUGUACUCAGAGUAUCUCAAGUUUGACCCCAGGAUAAAUGUGUGUGUGUGUGUGUGUGUGUGUGUGUGUGUGUGUGUGUGUGUGUGUUUUGAAUACCAAUCAUGAAGUGACCUUUAGUUAAUCUCUUAUUUUAUAAGUUUGUAACACGUGAACUGUGUAAAUGCAAUAACUUUUGUAAAUAUUUAAAUUCCUAUUUGUUGUGUGUACUGAGAGACCUUUUUGUUGUAAAUAUGCAUUAAUAAAUAUUUUAAAUCAAACGUCA